AUGCGAGACGGGAGCUCGAUGUGGUUUGGGGGGUUUUACUUUCCGUCGAGCGUGAAGGCGCUCAUGGAGGCGGAGUGGACGCGGGAGACGGUGGAGAAGUUGAAUCACGCGCGGGCGUUGCGGACGGAGUUGAUCAUGGCGCGAGGGCGCAAACGUCAAGAGGCGAUGAGCGCGAGUCAGGAAAAGUUCAACGCCCUCAACGACGAAUUGCGCGCCGAACGGGAAAAGACGAAACGCGCCGAGGCGCGCGAGCGCGAUCAAAUCGUGGAGAUUGAAGUCUUGCGCGAGAACGAAGAGCGCAUGGAGAGGCAAAAGAAAAAACUUGUGUGCCAAGUUCGCGAUUACGAGGAGGAGUGCGAAAGCCUUCGAAGCAAGGCGUCGGCGGCGAUGGCGGCGCGUCGCGCGGCGGAGAAGAAGUUCGCGGACAUGGAAGCCUCGUUCGAUAAGAAGAUUGACGAUCUUUUAGAAGAAAAGAACACGACGAUCAACGAGUUGAGCGAAGAGGUGAGUAAGUUCAAGGAGAUGUGGCAAGAAGAUAAGGCGCAGAUGAAGGCGGAGAAUGAAAAGGCACGACGCUCGGCGAGCGAGUUGCGGGAUCAACGCGACGCGCUCGUCAGCGAAAAGUCCAAACUCGUCAUCGAGCUCGGUCAGCUCGAAUCGCAGCUCACGAAGUUCUCGGAAGUUUCGGCGAAGGAAUCUCGUCGCGUGUGCGAACUCGAGGCUGAGCUCGAAGGUUUCCGAUCCAAGCGCGAAGACUCUUCUGCGAAUCUCGAAAAGCUUCAAAACAAGUACGAAGAGGCCAUGAAGCACAUCGCCGCGCUCGAGGCUUCGAACGAGGCGCGCUCAACGCGCACCGCCACCGAUGCCGAAAUGAGUGUCAAAAUCACAGAAAUUGAAUCGCUCAAGGCGCACGUCGAGGCGCUUCGUGGACGACUCAACAAGAAGGUGGAGGAUUCGGCGACGUUGCGAAGCAAGUACGACGACGCGAUGAAUGAAAUCGCCGAGCUUCGAGCGGCGGUGCAAGAAGAGCGAACGAUGGCGAAGCCGUCGAGCGACUCAAAUAUUUCGAACGACGCUGCGGAGAUGAUGCGAGUGAAGUCGGAUUUGGAGACUCAAGCCGCCGAAGUCAAGGCGCUCCAAGCGCAAGUGGAUGCGCUUCGCGCCAAUCUCAACGACAAGACCGUUUCGUCCGCCAAGCUUCAAGUCAAAUAUGAAGAGGUGAAGAAUGCCCUGAAGACCGCGCGAGAAGAUAAAGAAAACCAUAUUGAAACCGCGUCGCACGAGGUUCAUCGUCGCGAAACGGAGCUUAAGAGCGCCUUAGAAAACAAGGUGACGAAGAUUGAGGCGCUCGAAGCCGAAAUCGCCGCGUUGCGUACCACGCGAGAAUCGUCGGGCGCUCACGUGGCGACUUUGAAAGCCAAGUACGACGAAGCGAAGAAUCAAAUCGCUACGUUGCGUGCCGAAAAAGAAGACGUGACGAAGACGAAGUCUGCCGAACUCAACCAUCGCGAGAGUUUGUUGCGUCGCGAGCUCGACGCCAAGUCGGCUAAAUGCGACGAACUCCAGAGCGAAGUCGACAACCUUCGUACUCAGCGUGAGGCAGCGGCCGUGGCCACGGCUACGCUACAAUCGAAGUUCGAAGAGGCGUUCAGCAAGUUGAGCGAGGCGAAAUUACAAAGAGAUGAGGACAGGGCAAACUUUGCGCGAGAGCGCAAAGAACUCGAGAGCGCUGUCGUCGACGCCAAGGAGACGAGCGCCGCCGCUCUGCAGGCGGUGCAAUCUGAGCGUGAGAGCAUGCGAGACGCCAAGGAAAAGUCCAACAUGUCUCUGGUUGCUUUGAAGGCGAAAUUGGAAGACUCCAACAAGCAACUCGCCGCGUCCAAGGUUGCGCUCGAAAACGCCGCCGCCGCUCGCGAGGAGGCGCUCGAAAAGAUGCACGACGCGCAGCGUUGCGAAGAAGCCACCAAGGUGCAACUCAUUACGUCUGAAAAGGCGCUCGUGCAGCGCGAAACCGAGGCAAAGUCGUUCCAAAUGGAAAUCACCGCGUUCACCGCUGCCGCAAAGUCCGCGGAAGAACGCGAGCGAGAGGCGCGCGCCGAACUUCAAGAUCUCCGACGCCAAAACGAAGCGCUCGUGAAGGAGCACGGCACUUUGGAAGGUCGAUCCAAGGCACUGGAAGAAAAGGCGGAUCAGCUCGUGCAAGUGGAGAAAGAAAUGUCUGCACUCAAGGCGGAGCUCACGGCCACGGCGUUGCAGCAAGAAAAAUGGAAGCAAGAUGUGGAGUACGCCAAGGCAGAGAUUGAGCGCUCGCGUUCAAAGGAGGAAGCGAACAACGAAAAGUAUUUGGACAUGUUGAAGAACAUGUCUGAAGCCGAACGCGAAGCCGCGUCCGCUCGUGCCGCCGAGUCAGUCGCGCGUGAUUACGCGUCUCGAAGCAACGAAACCGCCAAGGAAACUCAAGCGCGCGAGCUUCGCAUGCGAGACGAGUUGGCGACGACGCGCGUGGCAUACGAGACACUCUCGACGGAAUUCCGCGCAAAGACGGAAGAAUUCUCCCGUGAAGUCAGUCGCUUAGAGAAAUCGGUAAGUGAUGAGCACGCCAAGAUGCAAGUGUUAAGCAAUAAACUUGAUGAAGCGCGCGAGAAGAUCAGUAAUCUCGAGUUAUUGAACAUUCAAGCGACGAAUAAAAUCGCGAGUUACAAGGACACGUUGCAUCGCCAACGGGAAGAAACGAAGAAGAUAUGGGAAGACUUGCAACACACGCAAGCCGAUCUCGACGAGAAAACGCGUCUGCUCGAACGAGAACAAACGGAAACGCGCGACAUGCACAUGCAAAAAGCGCUCGAAAAGCAACGAUCCACGGCGGCGCUCCUCAACCGACCAGCCGGAGGUUUCGGCGCGGUUCGUCAGCCGCUCGCCGACGCCAAUCGAGGUGGUUCUCCGCUCAGCGGUAGCGUGCGCGCGCUGCCCAGUAUUCGACCGAUCGAAGAGAUGCUUCCAUCCUUGGCGCGCGACCUCUCUGGCGGCAACGCGAUCAAAGCCAUCGCGGCGUCUCCGACGCCCGCGACUUCGUCGCCGCGUUGA